GCGAGGCCGCCCGCCAUGCUCGCCGCCGCCCGCUCUCUCCGCCGCCUCUCAUCCUCCUCGUCCCCCUCGUCCUUGUCCCCCGCCUCGCUACGCCGCCUCCUCCUCCACCACCACCCGCCGCCCCAGGCGCCCCCGCUCCCCCGGCCUCCUCUCCCAUACGGCCAAACCCUAGCCCGCGGCCUCCGCCCCCUCGUCGCCGCGCGGCCCGGGUACCGCCGCUUCUCCGCCGCGUCCUGCUCGUCUACGCUCCUCCGCGUCGUGCGCGAAUGCGGCGCGCCGGGCGCCACCGCGAUAACCGAGGCGGAGCGGGGCGAGGAGGAGGGGCGUGAGGGGGAGGAUGGAGGUGAGGCCGACGCUGCGGCGGCGGUGGCGAGGCAUGACACGGACGUGUACGCGGCGGUGGAGCUGGCGCUGGACUCGGUGGUGAAGGUUUUCACGGUGUCGAGCAGCCCCAGCUACUUCCUUCCGUGGCAGAACAAGGCGCAGCGCGAGAGCAUGGGCUCAGGAUUUGUAAUUCCUGGGAGGAGAAUUAUUACGAAUGCUCAUGUGGUUGCGGACCAUACCUUUGUUCUUGUGAGGAAGCAUGGAUCACCUACUAAGUACAAGGCGGAAGUCCAAGCCGUCGGCCAUGAGUGCGACUUGGCUCUUCUGAAAGUUGAUAGUGAGGAGUUUUGGGAUGGGAUGAACAGUUUGGAACUUGGAGACAUUCCUUUCUUGCAAGAAGCAGUCGCUGUGGUUGGCUACCCACAAGGGGGAGACAACAUUUCUGUCACCAAGGGUGUGGUCUCUAGAGUUGAACCAACACAAUAUGCACAUGGUGCUACUCAGCUCAUGGCCAUACAAAUAGAUGCAGCUAUCAACCCAGGAAACAGCGGAGGACCUGCGAUUAUGGGUGACAAAGUUGCUGGAGUUGCUUUUCAAAAUUUAUCAGGAGCAGAAAACAUUGGGUAUAUUAUACCGGUGCCUGUAAUUAAACGUUUCAUCUCUGGAGUAGAAGAGAGUGGUAAAUAUUCUGGUUUUUGUACUCUUGGAAUAUCUUGCCAGGCCACAGAGAAUAUUCAAUUAAGAGAGUGCUUUGGGAUGAGGCCUGAUUUGACUGGAGUGUUAGUGAGUAGAAUAAAUCCUCUAUCUGAUGCUCACCGAGUUCUAAAGAAAGAUGACAUACUUCUUGAGUUUGACGGUGUGCCUAUAGCAAAUGAUGGAACAGUCCCAUUUCGAAAUAGGGAGAGAAUCACCUUCGAUCAUCUGGUGUCGAUGAAGAAGCCUGGGGAAAAAGCGGUUCUCAAAGUUCUUAGAGAUGGCAACGAGCAUGAAUUGAAUGUCACAGUUAGACCUUUGCAACCUUUAGUCCCUGUUCACCAAUUUGAUCAACUACCCAGCUACUACAUCUUUGCUGGUUUUGUUUUUAUCCCACUAACCCAGCCUUAUCUCCAUGAAUUUGGAGAAGACUGGUACAACAAUUCGCCACGCCGACUGUGUGAACGGGCACUGAGAGAGCUUCCAAAGAAAGCUGGUGAACAACUAGUUAUCUUAUCUCAGGUUCUCAUGGAUGAUAUUAAUGUUGGUUAUGAAAGGCUCGCUGAACUGCAGGUAAAAAAGGUGAACGGUAUUGAAGUGGAAAAUUUGAAGCAUCUGUGCAGCCUCGUGGAAGGUUGCACUGAAGAAAACUUGAGAUUUGAUCUGGACGAUGAGCGGGUGAUCGUCCUGAAAUACAAGAACGCGAAGCUUGCCACAUCCCGGAUCUUAAAGCGGCACAGGAUACCAUCAGCCAUAUCGUCUGACCUUGUUGACGAGCAGGCUACUGACGGUGAGGCAACUAAUGGUGAGAUCGAGGCAUCAUGUACUAGCUAACACUUACCAAUGCAUGCUUUAGCUAGGAAAUCUCCUGUGAAGAACUAGAUAUUAGCACGGUUCAUUUUCCAGAGGCAGAUGCAGUGAGACGAGGACUGCCUGGAGCUGCGCUGGUUGCAGCGGCUCCUGUUCGGCCGUCUCAGUUUUGACGCAAGGUGGGGUUUUUUUCCCCUUCAGCAAAUAAGACCCCGAGUUCUUCAGCCUGAUAUGUAAACACACAUUUAUUAUCUUCCCCACUCCCGUAUUUCACAUUCUUUCACCAUAAGUAGCUUCAGAUGAUGUACCAUCACGAAACAAGGCAUAAGAAAAUGGGUUGCAAUUUUUACAGCACAGUGAAAAACUGCUGUUCGUCUCAAGCUUGUCACGCUCUUUACU